UGAGAGUGCGUUAUUGUCCUUGGAGCGCGUUGCCAGCGUCAACCAUCAAACGUGGUCAUUAUUGUUUGUUAUUUUCGUUAAUCGCCGUCUACGGUUCUUGUCGCGUGUGUACGCCGCAUCCUUCCCUACUGGCCCGCGCGCGUGCAUGGACGACGCGCGCGCACGAGCCGACGAGGAUAUAGCCCUGGAUUCGUCCCGUUUACGCUCGUCUGCUCGGCUCGGCUCCGCCGCGAGCAUCGCCGCUGCCGCUGCCGCUGUCACUGCCACCGCUGCCUCCGUAGCCACUACCACCACCUCCGCCACCUCCUCGACCGCCGCCGCCACCUGCCGCGUCGCGAGACGCAAGAAGAAGAAGAGGAGGCGUCAGCGACUUGUUACGAGCAACGACGACGUGCCUGGCGUCGCCGUCGUGGUCACCUCCCGCGGCGCUGCUACAUCGAGUAGUAACGUCGCCGUAGCCGAAGACAACACCGACGACGCCGUCGUUGUCCUCGAGCCUGACACCGACGACGCCGUCGUCACCGCCGCCGCCGCUGCCGCUGCCGCCGCGAACGCAGCUACCGCUGAGGCAGACCCAGCGGCGGCGCGGGUCGAUAAACUGAGGAGCCGCCUUCACGGCGAGCAACACACCGCGGUCGGUGGGGAGGCUCAACAGCAGCUACGCGUCGGAGGAAGCGGCACGCGUGCGGCCGCCUCCUCCGUCGGCACCGCCGGCGUCACGCUUCUCAACCGACGCGCCGGCAAGCGCUCGCCACGGCGAUGCAACGCCGCCGGCGGACGUAGAACCGCGAUGACGAUGGACCUGCAGCGGCUGAUCAACGAGGUGCACGCGAGACCCGCGAUCUGGGACCAGAAGAAUGUCAACUAUCACAAUCGCGAUGUCAUCCUGAAGAUGUGGCGGGAGAUCGCGAGGGCAUGCGAGGUGUCGACGGAUGUUGCCAAGUCGAAAUGGAAACACCUACGCGACAACUUUCGGAACGAGCUGAAAAAGACCUACCGGGGUAAGUGCGACGGUAUCGGCGGCACCGAGCACGACUCUAAGUGGGUCUGGUUCAAGAGCCUAUUUUUCCUGCGGGACCAAAUGAACUCUAGAGUGAUCGGCUGUGCUCUAUCACAAAACUGCGCCGGAAUGCGUUCCUCGCCAGACGGCACGCAGAUCGAACCACAGAUCGACAUUCUUGAGGGCCACGAGGAGACUCAGUUCGAUGACUUGGACGGUGACUCUUGCCAGUCAUUGCUAUCCAACGACGAUGGCCUGCAUCAGGUGAUGCCGCCGCCGAAGAUGAACAAGAUAAUCAGUCGGAAGCGAGCGCUAAUGGAUGCGAUCGAUAACGAAUACGGCGUGGAAGUGGAUCGAAAGCGGUACGAGUCGCUGCAGAAGAGACUGGCGAUCGGUCCUGAGGACGAGGACGACACCUACCAUUUUCUCAUGAGCGUACGAAAUCCCCUGAGAAGCCUGUCACUCGAUAGGCAAAUGUUCGUCCGUCUCAAGAUCCAGGAGUUGGUCUAUAACGAAAUCAACUCGCAAAAUCAACAGCAGACCGCAAGCCGCGGUAUCUACGACGCUUCCUCACAGGGCCAAGAUGUGAAACCCCCACGCUCCGGUAAUGGCGGCAACGGCGCCGUUGGCGGCGACGUCGUCAGCGACAUGGCGAAUCCGGCGUCGUUACUACAGAACUGUACGCCCGAAGGCUCCGGCGACGAUGCCUUCUUCGGCUGACGAGAGCCCGUUUGCUGUUUCAUUCGCUAAUAG